AAAUAGAGAAGACAAACCGAGAGAGGUUAUGGAGGAUAAAGAGAAGAACUGGAGGGCGGAGGUGCGGGAGAAUCUCCGUCAUCUACACUCUCUUCUGUUCGGAGCGGAAGCCGCCGGCGAGCGUGGGGAUCAUGCAACAGCUCAGGUCCUUGGUCUCCGCCUCCUAGGCUUUCUCGACUCCCACACCGUCUCCCCCUUAGACUCAGUCUAUAUCACUCCAAUUCGUGCCGAGGUGCAAUCGAGAGUCGCUGCUGCUUCCCGAGCCCUCGCUCCGGAUUCCAAUCUCCAGGCAUUUGAACAUGCGAGAAGAGAUGUAGGUCAUAUAUUUGUUAAAAGUGGCGAUAUAGACAUUCAGAAUAUUAUAAUCUCCAAGCAAUUUCAAGAUUUUCUACGGAUGCCUAGAGGAAAUAACGAUGAUCGAAUGAUAUACGGCACAUCUUCCGAUACCAGUUUAGGUUUAGACACCCAGGCACAACAGAAACUACUGGAUAUCCAAUCUGAUAAGGAACAUGAAAAGCUGAGCAUCAGGACAUCUAAACUGACGACACAGAGGAAGAUUACAUCUGUUUAUGGGGUCAAUUCCAUGAAUUUGAAUCUAAAACAUGACAAAAGGCAACUAAAUUCUGAAGAUUGCGUUUCUAUGGAGUUUAUUGAUGUUGAAAACGAACAUUCAGAGAGCUGCAAUCAUGUCAAGGAUGCUGAUGACACUGGCCAGCAAACUGAGGAAGAAGAAAAGACUCUUGCCAUUACACUGAAAGCCAAACGCAAAUACACACAAUUUACUAGUCCAAUAUGUGCUAAUGUUAAAUCCCCACCAGACUGUGAAGAAGCCAAUGCAGAUCCCACUGGCAAUGGAUUUGUUACAGCAAGAGCAAAAUUGGAAAUGGAUGCCAGGCAAAAACAUGGUGGUAGGGACUCUUUAAAUCCUGCUACGUCUCCUCUAAGAGAGGUUAAUCUGACAGGAAUAGCAAGAAAUUAUGGCAUGAGGUCUGGUGGUUUUCCUCGACGUGGAUUUCGUGGUAAUUUUGUUCCUCCCAUAAAAUCAAAUGGAGGGAAUACUGGAAAUACGAUAAGCUCACGGAUUUCAGGGAAAAAUGAUGAUCUGUUGGAUGAUUCUACAAGAAAAUGUUUGGAAAUGUUGUGUGGUCCGGAUGGGGAGCUUCCUGAGAAGUUGAGGAACCUGGAACCUCGUCUUAUUGAACAUGUUAGUAAUGAGAUAAUGGAGAAGGACCCUAAUGUUCGUUGGGAUGACAUAGCUGGCUUGGACCAUGCGAAAGAAUGCGUCACAGAGAUGGUUAUAUGGCCUCUCUUACGGCCUGACAUAUUUCGUGGUUGUCGGUCUCCUGGAAGAGGACUGCUUUUGUUUGGGCCCCCAGGAACAGGUAAAACAAUGAUAGGCAAAGCCAUUGCCGGAGAAGCUAAAGCAACUUUUUUUUACAUAUCAGCUAGUUCGUUGACAAGCAAAUGGAUUGGUGAGGGUGAAAAGCUUGUAAGAGCACUUUUUGGUGUUGCAAGUUGUCGCCAACCGGCGGUAAUCUUUGUGGAUGAAAUAGACUCACUUCUUUCUCAGAGGAAGUCAGAUGGUGAACAUGAAUCAAGCAGGCGACUUAAAACACAAUUUCUAAUCGAGAUGGAAGGAUUUGACAGUGGAAACGAGCAAAUCCUCCUCAUAGGUGCAACCAACAGACCUCAGGAACUCGAUGAAGCUGCACGGAGGAGACUCACAAAGCGGCUGUACAUACCUCUCCCAUCGUCAGAAGCUAGAGCCUGGAUUGUCCGUAAUCUCCUCGAUAAGGAUGGGUUGUUCAAGCUUUCAGAUGAAGAUAAUGCCACCAUCUGCAAGUUAACGGAAGGCUAUUCAGGAUCAGACAUGAAGAACCUUGUCAAGGAUGCAUCCAUGGGGCCACUAAGGGAGGCCCUCCGGCAGGGUAUCGAGAUAACAAAGCUCAAGAAAGAGGAUAUGAGACCUGUGACCCUUCAGGACUUUGAGAACGCACUGCAAGAAGUGAGGCCUUCAGUUUCGUUUAGUGAGCUCGGCACUUACGAGGCAUGGAAUAGACAAUUUGGAAGCUUAUCAAUGUAAGCAUUAGCCUCACCUGGGAGAUCAAAACUAUAAAUAUGUGAUUCGUAUUCAACAUGACUUAAAAAUGUUAUGAAAUUCUUAUUGCAUUUGCGUUUAAA